AUGAGGAACGCUGGGUCGACCAAAUCGAGUGCACCUGCAAGCUGGCCUACGGAUGAGGCUCCAGCGUGUCACUCUUCACCGGAACUACCGCCGACGAAGCAUCCUGCAAACACGCAUGCUACUAAUGCUCCAACUCCCAAUGCUACCUUACGCGCACGUAAACCCAUUGCCUAUGUCUUUUUUACCCAAGGCUUCACGAUGCGCGUUGACUACAAUGAUGAGGAUUACGACCCGGAGCGUGAUCCUGACAACGGUUUGGACGAUGAUGUCGAGGAGAUUCCCAGGACUAUUCGCACAGCAGAACAACGUGGCAGCGGACGUCACACAGGCGUUAUCGCCAAGGACAAGAACGACAACGCCAAGGAAGCCGACAAGGAAGUGGACGUCAAUGCUAGACGCAAGUGA